CUCUGACCCAGUGCAGAUCUUCAUUGCUGUAGUUACCUUCAACGGAUUCCUUCCUUCCUUCACCUUUUUUGCCAAUUAAACUGAUUAUCAUUCAAUGGAGGAGAGUUCCAUCUGCAAAUAGGUCCAGUAUUUUGGACUGCUGCUUUGCCUGAUGAGCGAACUGGUUUCAUCACUUGAGGUGAAACCUGACAUAUCCAAACCUCGCUGGGAUCAAAACACAUUUGAAGGUCGAGCAAAACAUUUUUUCACUACGACAAAUCCGUUGAAUCUUUUGCUGAGCAAUGCGACACUUGAGAAGAGCAGAAAAAUUGUUAUGGAUUACAGAAAAGGAAUCUAUGACAAAGAUCUUACGGUAGAUCAAUUGUGGCGAGCAAAGCAGAUCUACGAUUCGGCUUUCCACCCAGACACUGGAGAAAAAAUGAUUCUUAUUGGAAGAAUGAGUGCGCAGGUUCCUUGUAAUAUGACAAUCACAGGUGGAAUGCUAACGUUCUAUCAAAAGACACCGCACGUGAUAUUUUGGCAAUGGAUUAACCAGACAUUCAACGCUGUCGUCAACUACACGAACAGAAGUGGGCCCAAACCAAUAUCAAAGGAACGAUUGCUUGUUUCGUACGUCUGUGCCACUGCAGGUGCCAUGGCUACAGCUCUCGGAGCAAACUUUUGGUUGGCGAAAAGAAAGAACGUACCGCGAUUAGUGGGAGCAUUGGUUCCCUUCUUAGCUGUGGCUGGUGCAAAUGCUAUAAACAUUCCCUUGAUGCGAAGCAACGAAUUCUCAGUGGGAAUUCCCGUUGAGGAUGAUAAAGGAACAGAAUUAGGCUACUCGAAAAAGGUGCCCUACUAUGCGAUACCACAAGUGACUGUCAGCCGGAUCGGUAUGGCAGUGCCUAGUAUGGUGUUCACACCAGUAGUUUUCCAGUAUAUAGUUAGGAUGCGGUCAUAUAAGCAAUGGAUGGCAACCCCAAUCCAGACACUUCUGGCAGGAUUUUUCCUCACUUUCUCUACACCUCUGUGCUGUGCAAUCUUCCCGCAGCGCAUGUCAAUCUCGGUGAACUCUUUGGAGCCAGAAAUGAGAAAUCAUAUCAAGGAUUUGAAAAUUCCUCCGACUGUUGUUUAUUACAACAAAGGACUGUGAUAGUUCGAUUAGUUGAAGUAGUGAGAUUAUCCAUAGUGUUUACUAGCGGCGUCGUUUCAUGUGAAUAAAUCGU